AUGGGCAAGUCCUCCAUCCUCGUCAUCAACGGCGGCCUGCAGCGGCGCGUCCACGGCCUCGUCGGCGCCUUCUUCAAGUCGCCGCAGCUCAAGGCGCAGGUCACCGCCGACAUGCAGCGCCUCCUCGCCCCGGCGCUCGCCUCCUGGCGCCACCAGGGCCCCGGCGCCCGCCUCCGCAUCCAGGACCACGCCAAGACGAUUGUGUUCCAGAUCCUGGUGCGGGGUCUGAUCGGGCUGGAGGCAGGCCCAGAGAUGCAGCAGCUCAAGCAGCAAUUCCAGGAAUUUAUUGUCGGACUCAUGUCCCUUCCCAUUAAGCUGCCAGGGACUAGGCUCUACAGAUCCCUCCAGGCCAAGAAGAGGAUGGCCAGGGUGAUACAGAGGAUCAUACAGGAGAAGAGGAGGAGGAGGGCCCUCGACGGGCCGCCGAGGGACGCCAUCGACGUGCUCAUGGGCGCCGGCAGCGAGGAGCUCACCGACGAGCUCAUAUCCGACAACAUGAUCGACUUCAUGAUCCCCGCCGAGGACUCCGUGCCGGUGCUCAUCACGCUCGCCGUCAAGUUCCUCAGCGAGUGCCCCCUCGCCCUGCAACAGCUCGAGGAGGAGAACAUGGAGCUCAAGAUGAGGAAAACCGACCUGGGUGAAACCUUGCAAUGGACUGACUACAUGUCCUUGUCAUUCACGCAGCAUGUGAUAACGGAGACGCUGCGAGUUGGGAACAUCAUCAGCGGGAUCAUGCGCAAGGCGGUCCGCGACGUCGAGGUGAAGGGGCAUCUCAUCCCCAAAGGAUGGCGCGUGUUCAUGUACUUCCGGUCGGUCCACCUCGACGACAUGCUCUACGAGGACCCCUGCAAGUUCAAUCCAUGGAGGUGGAAGGUGAGGACGAGCCCCACAUUCGGUAGAGAUGUUGAUCCAAUUGCUACUCCUUUAGGCAGCACCAACAUGAUAGAGGGGUUCGAUGAGUGGGUCUUGUGGGACUCCUGGCAUGAGAAGGACAUGAGCACUAGCAGCUUCACCCCUUUUGGUGGUGGGUUGAGGCUGUGCCCGGGCCUGGAUCUGGCCAGGCUGGAAGCUUCCAUCUUUCUCCACCACUUGGUCACCAGCUUCAGGUGGGUGGCCGAGGAGGACCACAUCGUCAACUUCCCCACCGUGCGCCUCAAGGGAGGCAUGCCCAUCAGGGUCACCGCCAAGGACUAG